GGUCUUUUUGAAUGGCCAAUAACCAGAAAGCAAUGGACCUGCGAAUGCUGAGACUCUUGCAAAACUGUAAAACUAUGAGAGAACUGAAGCAAACCCACCUUCAGGUUCUCAUGAAUGGCCUUCGUGGCAGCGAUUUGGUACUACCUAAGCUUAUUACUCUUGCCUCGGAACUUGUUUCCCUUGACUACGCUGUUCGUAUAUUUCGAAAUUCUCAGCACCCAAAUGUGAUUUCCUAUAAUAAUAUGAUCAAAUGCUUUAUUCGAAAGGCCCAUAAAGGCGCAUUGCGUGUUUACCAUCAAAUGAAGGCGUUCACAAUUGCACCGAAUAGUUUCACCUUUACCUUUCUUUUGAGGUGUUUCGAACCGUUUGAAGCUCUAGAAGAUGGUAGAGUGGUUCAUGGAGAUAUUGUGAAGCUAGGAUUUGGUUCAAGUGUGUUUGUUCAGAAUACCCUUUUGGAUUUCUAUGCAAAAUGUGGUCGGAAUUUGGAUUUGGCUCGUCGGGUGUUUGAGGAAAUGCCUGACAGAGAUGUUGUUUCAUGGAAUUCAAUGAUUGGUGCGUACUUGGCUCAUGGGGAGAUAGAAUCUGCUAUUCGAUUUUUUGAUUCGAUGCCUGAGAGGAACAUUGUGACGUGGAAUUCUGUUGUUUCGGGGCUUUCUAAGGCUGGAAGUAUGGAAUUGGCACAUUCGGUAUUUGAUAGGAUGCCUGAAAAAAAUGAGGUUUCUUGGAAUUUGAUGAUUUCCGGCUAUGUACGGUUGGGUGAUGUUGAAUCUGCACAGUGUAUUUUUGAUCAGAUGUCAGAAAGAACUGUAGUUUCUUGGACGGCUAUGAUAUCUGGGUACACUAUGAUUGGUGAUCUUGAAUCUGCAAGGAACAUUUUUCAUCAGAUGCCAAUUAAGAAUACUGUCUCUUGGAAUGCUAUGAUUGCUGGUUAUGUACAUAAUCAUGAUUUUGAUCAAGCUCUUAAUGUGUUUCAUCAGAUGUUAAUUGAUGGUAAGUGCAGGCCUGAUCAGACAACGUUGGUCAGUAUACUGUCUGCCUGUUCUCACUUGGGGUCUCUUGAACAUGGGAAAUGGAUUGAUUCUUAUAUUAAGAGAAACCAGUUUGAAUUGUCUAUUUCUUUAGGCAAUGCUCUGAUAGACGUCUUUGCAAAAUGUGGAGAUGUGGGAAACGCAAAAGCAGUUUUUGAUAAGAUGGCUAAAAGAUGUGUUAUUACAUGGACAACAAUGAUUUCAGGUCUAGCUGUUAAUGGUCAGUGUAAAGAAGCACUAGCUCUCUUCGAUAGGAUGCAUGAAGAAAGAAUUAAGCCAGAUGAUGUCAUUUUCAUUGCUGUUCUGUCAGCUUGCACUCAUGGAGGGUUGGUGGAAGAAGGUAGAAGGGUAUUUGACCAGAUGGUUCAGGAGUUUGACAUUGUACCCCGAAUUGAGCAUUAUGGUUGCAUGGUUGAUCUUCUGGGUCGAGCAGGGCAGUUGGAAGAAGCAGUAAGAUUCAUUGAAGGCAUGCAUUUGGAGCCAAAUGCUGUCAUUUGGGCCACUCUACUAGGUUCUUGUAAGAUUCAUGGGAACAGGGAUAUGUUAGAGUCUGUAACCAGAAAGAUUAUGGAGCUGGAACCUUCAAAUCCUAGCUAUCUAAUGCUAAUUUCGAAUUUGAGCGCAUCAAUUGGACAGUGGAAAGAUGCUUUGAUCUCUCGGGUAGCAAUGAGACAGCAAGGCAUGGAAAAAGUUCCUGGUUGUAGCUCAAUCCAAGUUGGGGAUAAGGUCCAUGAGUUUCUAGCCAAGGAUACAAGUCAUGAGCAAAGAAAGGAAAUCUAUAGGGUUUUAAAUUGUUUAAAUGGACACUUGAAAGCAGUAUGUGAUGGUUCAUAAGAAAUCGCAUGGUUCAUUGCACUAAGAACAGUCGCUCCCCUGUGGAUGGUUUAGAUGGUAUGCGCUAUGAGGAAGUUGAGAAUUAAAACCAGGCAACAUGUCUGGGUAAAAAUUCAGUUUUUUGCCUUCGUAUCAAAGCAAAUUUCACAUCAAAAUCUGGUUCCUAAUUUCUUCCAAGAUAAACCCAUCUUUUAUGGCCCACAAAAUCAGAAGGUAUUUGAGGUUUAGGUACAAGAAAUUUUGGAGGUUGAAUUGAAAAAGCCCGAAUUAAGCAAGAGAAAUCUGUGGGCAGGCAUGAACUUGUAAAAUUGAGGUUGGAAUAGCUAAAGGGGAGCUGGUGGACAUUUAACAAGGGGAUAACUAUCUCCAGGGAGAAAAACGGCUAUUGUGACUGACUUCUGUAUCUUCCAAGUAAGAUGAAGCUUAAAGUUGUGGCUGCAUGGUGGCCACUCAUGAAUACCAAGAAUGAAGCAGAGAGGCGGGUUAAUUCUCUAGCAGGAAAUGCAUAGCCUUCAAUUAAACCUGUAGAGUGGAUAUACGAAGGGAAACAAAACAUUAAAAAUUCGAAUGUUAUUGUAAUUUAUAAUCUAGGUAUAAAAUUGUGCUUAUACCUAAAUGAUCAGCCUCUCUAACGCUCGCAAUGGGACAUCUUUCUAUUCACGAAAUAAUGUUUGGGCUUAUUUUCUUUGAAUAGCUCUCUUGUAGUGACAGUCUAUAGUUAACUUGUGAAAACUCUUUGUAAUGUUUUUGCCUGCUU